ACUGCAAGUUUUGAAUGCAUAAUAAACAGUGAAUUAGCUUUACCUCGAUGGAACAUCAAUGGAAUCGACUACACUGUCACUCGACUUCCUGCUGGAUUCCAGUUUGAGAGUGAUUCUUUCUCCAAAGUGCUGACUGUGAGCCCUGUCCAGCAAGAGAUGAACAAUUGGUGUUUCUACUGCUUUCUGCUCUUUGUCGAUGAUCGUGUGGAGAGCACACGAGCUAAGCUGAUCAUUCCACCACCAAUAGUCACUCCCACUUACUCCAUUAGCAGUCAGUCAACUGUAUCAUCCACACUGCCACUAUCAACUCACUUCUCUACUCUUGUAUCAAAAAGCAUACCCCUUCACACUACUCCUGUUCUUGAUAAUACCAAAGGAUCUUCAUCUCAAUUCAUCUCUGUAGUUGCAGUUUCAGUGGCAGCUGUGGUUGUUGUGAUACCUCUGAUCUUUGCUACUAUUGCACUUUUGAUUUAUCGUCAAAGUAAAAACAAAGGCAAAAAGAAGAACCAACAAUUCCAUGUGUAUGAGGAGGUGAAUGUUGUUACGACUGAAUGUGCAACUGUGCAACAAAACGUAGCAUAUGCAAAUCCACUGGAAAUCAAAGAAAACCCUGCGUAUAUUUCUACCAUGAAGCUCUCUCAGAAAAAUACAAAUGUCUAGCUAUGUUCCAUACACAUGAGUUAGUGUAGUGAACAAGUCAUCCAUUCAUUUCCUGUGAUAUCACUUAUGUCCAGAGACACACUACAUGUUGAACUCUUAUCAUGUUGCUACAUCACUAUACAUCUAACAAUGAGAAGUCUGUUCUUAUACUCACAAUUUUUACUUACAUACCCACAGUUUCCUUGUUUGUAAUGGCACGUGUGCGAAGUGAUAGCUCAAUUGUACAUAUACCUGUCAUAUAAAACUGACCGAAGCUGUGUUUGUAAAUCUCUUACUCCCAAACCAGCAGUUUCUUAUUAUCAGUAGUUUUAUGUAUUCACACUU